GAGGCUGAGUCACCUGACCAAGACCCUGGAGUUACAAUGGCGGCGCCCAUGCUGCGCUGGGGCUGCCGUGGAAGACGUUGGGCUUUCGCCCGGGUUGACGGUGGUUCUUGCCACCGAAGAGGGGCUCCGACUGGGUCCACAUCCAACCGGAUUAGAGGAGAGAGCUCAGUGGCUCAGCAGCCCCUCCACACGGCCCAGAAGACGAGGAAAGGUGAACACAAAUGGGCUGCUGUGGUAGGUUUGGAAAUUCAUGCCCAGAUUUCCUCCAACUCUAAACUCUUCUCUGGAUCUCAAGUUCGCUUUUCAGCACCUCCAAAUUCUUUGGUUUCUUUUUUUGAUGCAUCUCUACCUGGAACUUUGCCGGUUCUCAACAGGAGGUGUGUAGAAGCGGCGGUGAUGACAGGCCUGGCUCUGAACUGCCACAUAAACAAGAAGUCCUUGUUUGACAGGAAGCACUACUUCUAUGCAGACCUCCCUGCAGGCUACCAAAUUACCCAGCAGAGGCUCCCAAUUGCUGUGAAUGGGAGCUUGAUAUAUGGCGUCUGUGCAGGGAAGAAGCAGAGUCAGGUGAUCCCCAAGACGGUGAGGAUCAAGCAGAUCCAGUUGGAGCAAGACAGUGGCAAAAGCCUCCACGACAACCUGAGGUCUCAGACGCUCAUUGAUUUGAACAGGGCAGGAGUGGGCCUUCUGGAGGUGGUCCUGGAGCCCGACAUGUCCUGUGGAGAAGAGGCGGCAACAGCUGUCAGGGAGCUGCAGCUGAUCCUUCAAGCCCUGGGGACCAGCCAGGCGAACAUGGCAGAGGGCCAGUUGAGAGUGGAUGCCAAUAUAUCCGUGCAUCACCCUGGGGAGCCUUUGGGCGUUCGAACGGAAGUGAAGAAUCUCAACAGCAUCAGGUUCCUGGCCAAAGCCAUAGACUAUGAAAUUCAGAGGCAAAUCAAUGAACUUGAGAAUGGAGGUGAAAUUCUGAACGAAACACGCUCAUUUCAUCACAAGCUGGGGUGCACCAUGUCAAUGAGAGACAAAGAAGGAAAACAGGACUACAGGUUCAUGCCAGAACCCAACCUGCCUCCCCUGGUGCUCUACGACGCCACAUCUCUGCCCGCAGGUGCAGACCCACAGCAAGUGAUCAAUAUUGACCAGAUUCGGGAGACACUCCCGGAGCUCCCCAGUGUGACCCGAGAGAAGCUUGUCCAACAGUAUGGGAUGCUGCUGGAACACAGCUUCACUUUGCUGAACGAAGUCGGCCUACUGGAGUUCUUCCAAAAUGUGAUAAAAGAAACUAGGGCAGAGCCAAAAAAGGUGACUAGUUGGGUCCUCAACACUUUUCUGGGCUAUUUAAAGCAACAGAACCUCGCUGUCAGUGAGAGUCCUGUCACACCCUCUGCACUCGCUGAGCUUCUUGACCUGCUGGACAGCAGAACAAUUUCUUCAUCAGCAGCUAAACAGGUGUUUGAGGAACUGUGGAAGAGGGAAGGCAAGACUCCAGGGCAGAUUGUUUCAGAAAAGCAGCUUGAACUGAUGCAGGACCAGGGGGCACUGGAGCAGCUCUGCCACUCUGUGAUGGAGGCCCAUCCUCAAGUGGUGACUAUCUCGGGCAGGGGAGAGGGCCAGAGCCAGCCCCAGGACAUGCCCAAGAGCCUCGCCAUCGCUCCCUGUGGCAGCCCAGAGGCUCUUCCUAAGAAUGGCUGACCCAGUUUCAUCAAUAAUUCCCUCACUGUCAUCUUUUUAGUUAAGGUAAUGGAUGUGAAGAACAGAAACCCCAGAGCUAUAAAUAAACUGAUUGGGUUGGUCCGGAAAGCGACUCAAAGCCGAGCAGAUCCAGUCAUGAUAAAGGAGAUCCUGGAGAAGAAGCUGUCAUUGUGAGAUGUUUGGGAUCCCCUUGCCCAAGGGACAACAGUGCAGCCUGACUGGGAACAGGAUCCCGUGAAAGCUGAUGCCCAUGUGCCCUGAGAGCUGCCUCUCAAUCCCUGUCCCGAGCCACAGCUAUGGCGUUAAUGUCACCAGUGUUCUCACCCUCUAGGCCCUGUGCCUGGAGGUGCCUCCACAGCCGACCAGCAGCCACCCCGCCUGCUUCAUGCACAUCAGGAGGGUCCGGUGAGGCUGCAGCAGUGGUUAAGGAGUAACACCUUCUUGUAUUAAGGAAUUUUAAACUAAAUAAAAUGUAUGUUGGAGAUACUGUUA